CCCAGCACUUACGCAGUACAGAGCCUCCAUAACUGCCUGCCUGCACUGCCUUGACUAGAUCCCAGAAAACGCUCAGAGAAGGAGAGAGAGGGAGAGAGAGAGAGAGAGAGAGAGAGAGAGAGAGAGAGAGAGCGAGAGAGAGAGAGAGGGGGGGGGGAAGAGAGCAGAUGUGGAGUGCGUGAAAGAGGAGGGAUCUGUAAGGUGAACUCCAGAGGGAAUAUCUGAGAGCAGAAAUAGUAGAAAGGCAAGUAAGGACACAGAAGAACUUUCCACUGCUUGCAUCCUUUCACAUUCAACUUUAUUUCUCCUCAUUCCACAAGCUUUGAAACAUGGAAGUGAUUGAAGACACCCGUUUGCACCUGGAGGUCCCAGAGCCAAACAAAUCCUUCACCGAGAUCUCCGAUGAUGAAGUCAACCUCCCUGCCUCUGAGGAUGAAGAUGAGGUCGUUGAGAACAAAGCUAAAGAGGGUGGUGAGAAAGACUUGGGUGGUGAUGGAGACAAAGGUGAGAUGAAUGGAGUCAUGGUCCUGGCUCUACUAGAUAAGAUCAUUGGGGCCGUUGACCAAAUCCAGCAAACGCAAGCUGGGCUGGAAGUGCGCCAACGGGAGAUGGAGAGAUCCGUAACAGGUAUCCAAGGGGAACUCACCAAACUGUCCAAGAGCCACACCACCACUGCCAACUCAGUCAGCAAGAUGCUGGAGAAGGUGUGUAAGGUGAGCGUGAAUGUGAAGACGGUGCGGGGUAACCUAGAGAAACAAGCCGGGCAGAUAAAACGACUGGAGAGCAACGAGAACGAACUGCUGAAGAGGAGAAACUUUAAAGUCAUGAUCUACCAGGAUGAGGUGAAAGUACAUUCCAAAUUGAAUGUAGCCAAGUCUAUGAAGUUAUCAGAACCUGUAGAGGGAGAAGGGGAACUAGAACUCAAAGCGGCUGUGGAAGGAGGAGGAGAGGACAGUGAGAAAGUACAUCUGGAUCUGUCUUCUGAUGAAGAGGUCGAAAUCGCGGAGACCAUCGAGGAAACGCGCACUGAGCGUAUAAAACGCAGCAGUCUGCAACGCUACCAGAAUAUCAAAACUGUUUUUUCCAAGGAAAAGAUGGAGAAAACCAAGCAAAAGACAAAGGAUAACUUAGAGAAGACCAAACAGAAGACCAAAGACAACUUGGAAAAAACUCGCGUGAAGACCAAAGAAAACUUGGAGAAAACCAAACAGAAGACCAAGGAGAACCUGGAGAAGACCAAACAGAAGACCCGAGAAAAUCUGGAGAAAACCCGUCACAACAUAGAAAAAAAGAUGGGAAAACUAAGCACUCGCAUGUCUGUGAACCCUGAGCGCAAGGAGAAGCUCAAGUCCUCACAGAAGAAUGUUAUAAAGUCCUUCACACCUGACCACAUCAUUUACGCCCGCUCCAAAACGGCCGUCUACAAGGUGCCACCAUUCACCUUCCACGUGAAGAAGAUCCGUGAGGGGGAAGUGGAGAUCCAGGGAACUGAGAUGGUGGAGGUAGUUGGGGAUGUGGAGGAGGAAGAAAAUGCAGUGAUGGAGGGAGAAGAUGAGGAGAUGGAAGGUGGCGAGAUGGUGGAGGAGGAUGAGGAUGAGGAGACAGAGGAAAGCCCUGAGAUGCAGGCACUGCUGGAGAUGGGAGAAGACUCAGAGCUGGUGUUGGUGGAAAAAGAUCACGAUAGAGACAGCGACUAGAGGAAAAACAUUGUCCGUGUGUAUGUAUGUGUGUGUAUAUGGGUGCCUACACACUAGAUAAAGCUCUGACGAAGCAUUUGACAAAUAGGAAAAUGUUAGAUGCAUUUGUAUGUUAAAGUUCUAAAUCAAGGAAUGCUGCAAAUUUCUGGCAGGGUCUCUGGGGGAUUAGGUAGUACCGCUGGGGGAGGGGUCAGCUAUCAUCUACCCCCCACCCAGUUGGUCAGAUGAGAUCAAAGGAGAGUCCCAUCCGACGACCCGACAUAACCAAGUUGUCCACCCAAAAGAUGCCCCAGUUGCCCACUCAGAAAAUGCCCCAUGAAACAUCACAUCCUAGUACCACCCCUGGAUGAAUUGGAUUUUCCAAAAGUGGACAUUUUUCCACUUGGAAAUUGGUCAGCAGAUGCUCACGUUGUUCUCAACUUUUGGUUGUAUGACUGUGUAACUUUCACUAAUCCUUGCAUUUUACCUCUAUCCCCAUUAAAAUCAAGGAUUCGCGAUGUUCUUUGACAUCCCACAAACUCUAGUGUGUAGGUGCCCUAAGUGUGUGUGCUGUAUACUGCUGGUCCAGAUGUUGGAUGUUGCAGGAAAAAGUAUAUGUGUCCAUUUGUGAGUAUGUGCAUCAGUAUGUGUGUGUUUGCAUCUUUUCUGGGAGCAAAAUUAAAAAAAAAUGUAAGGUGACUCUAUUCAGUUAAUGUGUGUUCUAGUACAAGUAAAUUAGUACCUCAUGUUAAAGGUGCACUCAGUAGUUUCUUUCCUCAUUAAAAAAGCUUUACACUUAAAGAAUUUAAUUAUAAUUUGUAAAAAAAAAUUUAA